UUAAAAAAAAAAAAAAAGAAAACAUGUUAUGAGGGUUUUAAAUGCCUUCUAUUCUAUAUAGCCUUUUUUACUGGGAGGCUGUUAUGAACCUUUUCAGAUUUGAUUCUUUUUGUGCAAAUAUCAUAUCAUUACCUUAAAAUUUUUUCCUCUGACAGAAUUUUUAAUAUAAAAGUUCCUUUGAUCAGCCAUUGUGUGUUUCUAUUUGUUCACUUUUUUCUCCAUUAAUUAACUGCAUGAUUCUAUCCAAGCUGUGAAGUGGUAUCAGAACUUCUCUCUCCUACUCUUAUUUAAAAAAAUGGAAAAUGUUCUUCUUCCUCUUCUUUUUUCUCUCUCUCUUCUCUUCUUGAAUCCUCUGUUUCAUGGAGGAAUAGCCAUAGCAGCAAAAACAAAGGAUGGAUUAGAAGAAUGGGGAUAUGUUCAAGUUAGACCCAAAGCACAUAUGUUUUGGUGGCUCUAUAAAAGUCCUUACAGAGUUAAAAAUCCGUCAAAACCAUGGCCUAUCAUUCUUUGGCUACAAGGAGGACCUGGUGCUUCAGGUGUUGCAAUUGGAAAUUUUGAAGAGAUAGGGCCAUUGGAUACUAAUCUGAAGCCAAGAAAUUCUACAUGGCUUCAAGUAGCUGAUCUCUUGUUUGUGGACAAUCCAGUUGGAACAGGAUUCAGUUUCGUGGAGGACUUAAAUCUGUUGGUGAAAAGUGAUAGAGAGGCAGCAACCGAUUUAACUGUAUUGUUGCAGAAAAUAUUUAAUAGAAAUAAGAGUCUCCAAGAGAGUCCUCUGUACAUUGUAGCAGAGUCUUAUGGAGGGAAGUUUGCAGUUACUCUUGCUUUGUCAGCUUUAAAAUCAAUAGAACAAGGAAAGUUGAAGCUUAAGCUUGGAGGAGUGGCAUUGGGUGACAGUUGGAUCUCCCCUGAAGAUUUUGUGAUUUCAUGGGGUCCUCUUUUAAAAGAUCUUUCUCGACUCGACACAAUUAAUUUAAAGAUUGCGAACAGGAAGGCACAGGAGAUUAAGCAGCAAAUCAGAGCUGGUUUCUAUUUCAAUGCAACAAAUUCUUGGAAUGACCUUGAAGAUUUUAUUUCCCUUAAAAGUGGCAAUGUGGAUUUCUAUAAUUUUCUUUUGAAUUCAGGACCAGAUUUUUCAUCAAUCACAACUUCAAGUGCAACAACAAAAUUAUCAAAAGUAAUUUUAUUAAAAAAAUAUUCUAGAUAUCUAAAUUCUUUGAGGUCUUCUCCGGGCGGCAGCGGUGACAGCAGCGGCGGCGAUAAUUUUAUGGAUAAUAUAAUUAGAAAGAAGCUCAAGAUUAUCCCUAAUGAUAUCUUAUUUGAUGCUCAGUCAGAUAGCGUGUUUGACGAGAUGGAAGGAGAUUUUAUGAAACCAAGGAUUAAUGAGGUUGAUGAGCUUUUAGCUAAAGGGGUGAAUGUGACUGUAUAUAAUGGGCAGCUUGAUCUUAUUUGUUCCACAAAGGGGACGGAAGCAUGGGUUGAGAAGCUUAGGUGGAAAGGGAUCCACAAUUUUCGAACCAAAGAAAGAACUCCAUUAUUUUGCGGUGAAGGUAGAGCCUACAAAAGGGUUUCACCAAAUCAUAUCAGAAUUUGCCACUUUUAUUGGAUUCUUGAGCAUGGCCAUUUUGUACCAGUGGAUGAACCCUGCAUUACAUUAAAGAUGGUGAGAGCAAUUACACAAUCACCAGCUUUGUUUAGGUAGAAAGAAAGAUUCCCAGAAGCAAAAUUUAUAUAAACAGGACAGCCAUGGAGACACAGAGAUCGCAGCAAGUUUUGUUCAAAGAAAAUAAGUCUUCAUUUCAAUUACUUUCUUCUUUCUUUCCUUUUUCCUUCAAUUGUUCUGACUCGAAAUCACACCAAAAAAAUAUCAAUUGAAUUCAUUUUAAUAUUUUGAUUUGAGCA